AAGCCUCCUUCCCCUUUAAGUAGAAAUCGCAGUGGCCUUGACGUCAGAUCAGCGGACUGGGGAGAAAGAGGUGUUUGCGAGUUCUCUGCCAGACAGACAGUCAGACAGUCUUUCUUUCUGGAGCAAAGUCCUUGUGAUUGUUAAGCUUUGAGAUUAUCGUCCCGAGUGAAACAAACAAACCAAAAUGACUCUGGAAGGAGGAAUGAAAUGCGUCAAGUACUUAAUGUUCGUUUUUAACUUCUUGUUUUGGAUCUCGGGUAUUGCACUCAUUGUGGUUGGGAUUCUGGUCCAGACCAAGGUGAAUGGCACGCUACACAUCACCAGUGUCGCUGCCUCUGGAGCUCCCAUUGUCAUCAUUAUAGUUGGCGUGAUCAUCAACUUUGUUGCCUUCUUUGGUUGCUGCGGUGCCUGGAAUGAGAACUACUGCAUGGUGGCCACGUUUUCAGUUCUUCUUGUUCUCAUCUUUCUUGUGGAGAUUGCUGCUGCUAUUGCCGGUUACGUUUUCAAGGAUGAAAUUCGAGAUGCCUUUGAGAAGAAAUUUAAUGAAACCAUGAUCAACUACAACCAGACAGCGAAUGCUGUCAACAUUGACAACUUGCAGAAACAGUUCAAAUGCUGUGGUGCUGCCGGAUAUAAAGAUUGGUUUGCUCAAAUGCCCGGCAGGGUACCGGAUUCUUGCUGCAAGAAUAUCACGCUAAAUUGUGGCCGCACCCCGACUGCUGCUGUCAUAAAUGAACGGGGUUGUGCGGCGCUGAUCAAAGAAUGGCUGAAAAACAACAUUGUAAUUGUGGCUGGUGUGGCUCUUGGGAUUGCCAUAUUCCAGAUCCUUGGGAUUGUCUUUGCUUGCGUUCUGAUGAAGGGCAUUAAAAGUGGCUACGAAGUUAUGUAAUCUUCACCUCGACUGCCAAUGUUCAUUGGAUACUUUGUAUUUUUUUUGCCACAGCUGUGAGCGUGAUCAGAAUAUUCUUUGGUUAAAAGAAAA